AUGUAUAAUGUGGUUAGGCGGCAACGUGCAAUGCACUGCGGCGAUGUGAAUGCCGCAUUACGGUAUUUCAAUUCUUGUGCAAGGGCAGAUGAGAACAUGUAUUGGCGAUACCAGGUUGGGGAUGAGCAACAAAUGUGUGAUCUGUUUUGGAGUGACGGGUGUAGUCAACAUGAUUACAAAAUAUUUGGUGAUAUUUUGGCAUUUGAUGCGACGUAUGGGCGAAACAAGUACAAUCUGCCGGUGAUUGUGUUUUCUGGGGUGAACCACCAUAACCAAACAUGUGUUUUCGGCAUAGCCAUGGUGUCUUCUGAAACACAAGCGGCAUAUGUGUGGGUGUUGGGAAGGUUUUUGGAGUGCAUGGGAGGGAAAGCGCCUAAGGCAGUUAUUACUGAUGGGGAUAGAGCAAUGCGGCUUGCCAUUCAGGAAGUGUUUCCAGAGGCUCAUCACAAGCUUUGUGCAUGGCACCUACUGAAAAAUGCAACCGUGAAUGUGUGUAAGCCUCGCUUCACAACUCUGCUUAGAAAUUGCAUGCUUGCUAAUGUUGAGGUUGAGGAGUUUGAGAGGCAAUGGGAUGCAAUGAUGGAUGAAUGUGGGGUGUGGGAAGUAGAGUUUGUGGAAAGGAGAUACGGAAUCUUGGAGUUUGUCACGAACUUCCAACGGUGUGUUGAUUUCCUAAGGAAUAAUGAGGAGGAGCUUGACUUCAGGUCGUUGUAUGGGAGCCCCGUUCUCCAAACUCAGUUUCCAGAGCUAGAGAAGUCAGGUGCAUUGAACUAUACGAAGGAAAUAUUUGUGCGCUUUAGAGAUGCGCUAAAGAAAAGCGUGCGGAUUACUAUUGUAGAGUGCAACAAAUUGGACGAUCAGACGGUUUAUGUGACACAGAAGUAUCGUAGGCCACAGUUCCGGUGGACUGUUGCCCACCAUUUUCGAGAGGAUUCCUUUUUUUGUAGUUGCUUGAGGUUUGAGUCGUUCGGACUACCUUGUGUGCACAUACUUGCGGUGUUGGUGCAGUUGGACAUAGGUUGUCUUCCGAAAAGCAUAGUGUUGAAAUGCUGGUCGAAGACUGCCAAGGUUGAGCUGGAGGGGUCUUCCCCCAUGAACGAAGAGGGGGAUGUGAAUGCAGUAUACAAGGUUCGAGUGGGUGCUUUCCUGUAG